AACAAUUUCACUUGCAUGUUCCCCUGAAAAUUUAGUUAUUCACAACAGCAAUGGCCGUUUCAAAGAAGAAUUCCACAACAAAGACUACCAGUUCCAGUUCAUCGCCUUCAAACCUCCACCCACCAUACCUUCAGAUGAUAAGUGAAGCCAUUACGACAAUGAAGGAUCGCGCUGGUUCAAGCCAACCCGCAAUAGCGAAAUUCAUCGAAGUGAAUUACACUGCUAGUCUCCCUGCAAAUUUCAAGAAAAUUCUCUCGGCCCAGUUGAAAAGGUUCGUGAAAUCAGAAAAGCUUGUGAAAGUGAAGAACUCCUACAAGAUCUCCCCUUCUGAGAAAGUGAAAAGGCCUGCAAAUUCAGUUGAAAACAAAACCCAUAGGAAGAAAGGAGUCAAGAAUGUGGCAACAAAAACUACUGGUUCUAACAAAGAGGUGGUGAAAAAGGACGAUGAAAAGGCAAAGAAGACGAAGAGGCUGAGCCAGGUUAAAACUCCAGAGGCUUUGAAGAAGAAAAUAAUGGGGAAAAAGAAUGUGAAGGGGUCUGUUACUGAAGGAAAAUUGAAGAAAUCGAGUCAGGAUAAGAGUCCCGCAGGAUUAAAUAAAAAGGUUGCGACUCCAACGAAGAAGGUGGCUCAUAAAAUGGCGAAAUCAGGUUCAAGGCUUGCUGCAAAGAGAGCUUAAAAUUGAUGAUUAUGUGGUAGUUUGAUCUAGGAAAGUUAAGUUUGUUUAAGAAAGAAUGUGCUAGGUAAUUUACUGGUUCUUUUAGGUAGUAAUAUUGCAAGUUUAUGUUUCUAGGUAAUGACUUUUAAGCUCCUGAUGAACUUAGGUAAAUAUGUUUCAUGUUUGGUCUUGUUUUUUUCAAUGUAUUUUGGCUAUUGGAUUGGGAAAAGUUGAAACAAACAGUUCUUGGAA